CAUGCCGAGUGACAUAGAGCGAACAAGACAGAUGAGAGAACUUUGUGGUAAACCCCAAUAUAAUUACGGACUAAGGCUGACGUGCAUGUUCUUCAAUGUGAUUGUGAUCCCCACUUUCUAUUGAUUCCUUGACUUUUGGCGACGACGAGGACCUUAGUGCAAGCAUUGUUUGAGAUUGCCCCGAGAGACUAAGGACCGCUUUAUAUUUACAUCAUUCUGUUUACUCGACUUUUCUUCACUGUCGGGAUCAAAUUUCGGUAAACGAGCAUUUACAGGCAAUGAUCUUAUUACCCUUCUUCAUUUGAUUGGAUCGAGAGACAUCCCAUUUACUCUGCAAGAUUUUUUUUUCUUGAGCAAGAACAAAUCUCUUUCAUUCAUUCGUCAAUUGUCUCCUUUCGACGUUGAAGUACUUGUACUCGUACCUCUUGUCGUACAAAAUCUUCUGUUGUGAUAGGUCUUCUCUAAACACAUCAAUUCAUUGAUGGCGCAGUGCUUGUUGUGUGAACGCAUUUUUAAUCGUUUUCGGUCUAUCAUGCAGAUGAUGUGGUUGGUUUUUCCCAUUAUGAUGCUUUAUCGGAUCUACAGAUUAUAAUUCGUUGCGAUAUCUAUUUAUUCUACCAAUUGUAUGAUACAUGUUCUACUUGGUCGAUGCAAACCUUGUUAUAGAAGUACUUACCUUUAGACACUACAUCUACCUAGAAGUAGAAAAUUUGUAUAUUCGCUCGACGAGGAGGUUUGUUCAUCGACAUCAAGAAGAACUAAUCAUAAUCUUUCAAUUUGUAUCUACAAGAGCGUCGGCCACGAGCGUAUUUUUUGAUUUACAGCAGAAUGCCGCUGGGUUGUGUUGCCGGUAUCGAUCCCCGCUAUGCGGCGGUUGCUGAGGACCUUAAGUUAUGGCAUCUUAGUCUUACUGCACGAAGAACAUGAUAAUCACAGCGUUUUUCAUGAUGAACUACUCGUUGACAUAUGUAUAAGAGUUAGCGCGGAAGUCCUGCUAAAUCUAAAUCUACAUCAUGUGAUAACACAGAAAGCAUGACGUGACAAUUGUGCAAACAUAAUUCUCUUAUUUUUCUAAUCCGUACCUUCCUCACAUCGGAUCCGAGUUACGACGAUGGUUCGUACGGCCCCCUGUUCAUCCGUCUUGCAUGGCACGCCUCUGGCACCUACGACCAAACAAGUAGGAAUGGAGGUAGCAAUGGCGCUACUAUGAGGUAGUACAACAGUUGCAUACUUACAGAGAAGGUUCACGUUCAGGUGCUCGAAAUAAAAUGAAUUUCAAUUUCAUGGAAUAACGCGACUUUAUAAUGACCACUUAACUUCAAGAACCGCUAACAAAUGGAAUUGGCUUUCACCUGAUCGCAAUGGUUUUCCAGGUUUGCACCAGAGUGUACUGAUGGUGCGAACGCUGGUUUAGACCUAGCUCGAAAGCUAUUGAGCGACAACAUCAAGCCAAAGCACUCCUGGAUAUCCCUGGCGGAUCUCUGGAUCCUUGCUUCUUACGUUGCGAUUGAAUGCAGCAACGGUCCAGUCAUUCCGUUUAGGCCAGGAAGGACGGACGUGCUUAUUGCAGCUAUAUUUAAGUAGUUUCUCGUCUGCAUAGCCUUACCCUUACUAGGCUCUCUAGUCGUAGUCUACGUGUUUGUGUUUGGUGGAGCAUUUUUCAUCUUUGUCGAUUAGUUUUGAUCAUCAGUAGAGCUGUAAUCUUACUCUUUUACGAACUUUGCCUCAUUAUCAUGCAGGUUCCCUCCGAAAAAGAAGCGUCAAUACCCCCGAACGGUCGGCUACCAGACGCUGCUAUUUACGACAAAAAGAAUGUCAUCGAUCACGUUAGGCAGGUAUUGCUAUUACUUUUGACAUUUUGCUUUUAGGUACUCACUUGCUAGUGCUUUCACGUGGUCUGUAACUGUAAAUUUCUGUUAUAUAAUCACGAUCACAUUAUCCUGAAUGUAUUACAUCUCUAGAAGCGAGGACAAUCAUCGCCACAACUAGGUGUUCACUACGCAGAUGGGGUUCUCGGAUCAAGAAACGGUAGCGCUGAUAGCAGGCGGUCAUGCGUAUGGACGCUGUCAUCGAGAUCGGUCAGGUUUUAAUGGACCCUGGACAAACCGCCCAACAAGUUUCACAAAUAUCUAUUGCGUUCGCUUGUCCAAGUUAUGAUACUGAACAAAAUGAAAAAAAAUUGAAAUUCCAAAUAAAACCCAGAAAUGAAUAGUCAGGACGUCCUUCAGUUUAGCACCUCUCUAUGGUAGAUAGUUGGAGCAUCUCGUCAAAGCACUGAAAAUGAAAUAGAAGACCGAAAUCACAAGUAGAAGCAUGUUACUCCAAGUCCAUAAGGUUCGCCUCUGUGAGCCCUUUUGUAUCUUUUCUAAUCCGAGACAAGUCGUGGACCCCUGUCGAAGGUGCCGCAAACGUGAAGCAGAGCAAGUGCCCCAUCGCGCCGAUAUUGGGCAACAAGCAGUACCAAUCAAUUGAUUUCUACACCUACUUUUUUCUUUACCUAACAUGUAUUCCAACGAUCAUGUUGAUUGAUUCCUAUCUUGUUUAAAUUAGAUUCAUUAAAUUAGAUUCAUUCAAAAAUUAGGAAUGUUCGGGUGUAUUAGAUUAGUGUUAGUUAUGGACCUAAUAAAGAUUAACUAUUCCACUAUCGUCUAGAACAACUGCAUCAUUCGAGACGUGAUGAAGUUGUAGACGCAUGAGUUGGAGUAAGUCAGAGAUCCAGGAUGUCUCGUCUUCUCUCUUUGCUCCUGGCCAGGUACGUAAACAAAGGCGGUGAGGGAGACCUUAUGAUGCUUUAUACGGACAUGGCGCUCAUUUGGGAUCUCACAUUUAAAAGUUUCAUAGAACAGUACGCGAAAGACGGUGGGAAGCUGAAAGACGACUUUGGUGCGGUUUUCAAGAAGCUCACAGAGCUCAACUUUCCAGUCGGUGGUGCGAGUAAGAUCUAAUUUCGAGGUGCAUUUCUUUCCGUACCUACUUGUUGUAAGAUUGCUGCACACAUGACUGCAAUAUUCAGUCGUGCUCGCCGGCUUAUCCUUUUCUUUUUCCCCCGUCCUUUCUCGUCAACGCGUUCUCCUUUCUGUAAGACUCAUUUCACCCCGAAGCAGCUAGGAUUUUUGAGGCUGACGAAGCUGCGCCAGUAUGAUUUGUUGGAACAAAUGAGAUUCCAACGACUGAAAUUUUGUGUCGCCUCUUAGCCCUUAGAUGACGACGAAAGGAGUUGUCGUGCCGGUCAGCGCAUCUCCGGUACUGCGUCACAGGUUUUCUUUCAUAUUUUCGAGUUUUGUUCUUGACUUUAGCCUCUAUUACUUGGUCAUCAACGGCAUCAAAAGUAAGUAAGCAGAGGUUGAAUUAUAUGAUCUUUGAAAAUAUAAUGCUUCGGCCUCUGUCCUCCAUAUUUCAGCGUAUUAGUUGUAACCGAGAUGAACGUAUGUACAUGUAGUCUUCGUGGUUCGUCGGUCUGGGUACUAAUUUUCCUGAAUAAUUAGGAGGCGCAUUCCUCUCUUUCCUGUUUUCUAUCUACUCCUUGGCUAUCCACCAGCCUCUGGGGGUCACUAAGUAGGUAAGGACGCACUAUUGGGUAUUUUUCUAUCUUGAUGAGCAAACGCUGGGUCAUUUUCUGGCGCCACUGGUGACUUGGUGUGGAUUCUUGUGCGGCAUGCUCUCGUCUGUAUCAUGGCGUGCUAUGAAGAUAAACCAUUUUAUAGGCUGCAGCAGCUCAUCUACUUAGUACCUUCAGGGGUUGAAAAAGGUAGACAAGGUUUGCCUAUUUAAAUUUAUAUAUGAUAUAUUAAAUCUAAUUGACUUAGAAGUGGUCUUUUCUGGCUCUACUCGAGCCUGUUUCGUCCCGGACGGCACGGCCUGGCCGUAGAGCCGCGGACCUUGAACCUUGAACCUUGACUUAGAAGUGGAAGUGCCCUAGAAGACUCAUUUCUUCUACGAUUUAUUGUGAAAAUGUUUGUCAGUCUAGUUAUCCUUCGCAAUUAUUUAGUACUUUGUCACACGAAGAUAUGUCUCAUACAUUCCGUAUGUGAAGAGUAUAUAUAUAAAAAAUGGAUCUUGAGCAUGUCUGUGCAGUUUUGUCUGGUUAGAAUGUGAAAAAGAGAAUCAAAUAAAUCGCUGACGCCACCUUUUGGAUUCCACCAUUGUGAAGAUGUACGGGGAAACGCCACGCAUAGAAAUCGUUUCUAGUCAUCACGAAGCUGAUACUUUUUCCAUAACCGUUAUGAGUCAAU